UCCCUGAUUUGUAGGCUUGAUUAAUAAUGAGCUCGUGGCUUCAUUUCCUUAUUUAUUUGCCAUCGCGCGAGCACAGAAAGGUGGAGGGGAAAGGCGGAGGAGCCCGGGGGCUAGCAGAGCAGGAGGCGGUACCGGUGCGUACGUCGCACGCCGUCACUUCCCGCCGAAGGUCCAUGGCGAUUUAGUAGCCUUCAACCGACCCGCGGCCUUCUGAGAAGCUCCCUCGUUGCUUUUCUUUUCAUGGCCCAGCUUGCUCUCCGCGUUGUGUGGCCCUCGUCUCCCCUCCAUAAUCCUGCCCGCCGCCACCAUCUCUCCUCCCCUGCUCCUCAUUUUCUCAGUCUGAUGCCGCGCCUCCUCGUCGCUCGCUCGGCGCUGCUGCGGACGUCGGUGGAGGAAGAGAAGAGGGCGUUCGAGGCGGUGGUUGUGAAAGAAUCUGCCAUGGCCGGGUCGGGCGUGUUCACCGACAUCAUCGACGAGAACCAGGUGUUCAAAUACUACGCCGAAGGGGAGUGGAAGAAAUCCGCCUCCGGGAAAACAGUCUCCAUUGUCAAUCCCACCACCCGCAAGACUCAAUACAGUGUCCAAGCAUGCACACAGGAAGAGGUGAACAAGGUGAUGGAGGCCGCCAAGGCAGCACAGAAGCAGUGGGCACGGACGCCGCUGUGGAAGCGGGCAGAGCUCCUCCACAAAGCCGCGGAGAUCCUUAAAGAGAACAAGGACCCAAUAGCCGAGUGCCUUGUCAAGGAGAUUGCUAAACCAGCAAAGGAUGCUGUCACUGAAGUGGUGAGGUCUGGUGACUUGCUAUCAUACACCGCUGAGGAAGGAGUGAGAAUACUUGGAGAGGGCAAGCUCUUGCUCUCAGAUAGCUUCCCUGGUAAUGAGCGCAACAAGUACUGCCUCACUUCCAAGAUCCCUCUUGGGAUUGUAUUGGCUAUCCCUCCUUUCAACUAUCCUGUAAACUUGGCAGUCUCCAAGAUUGGUCCUGCACUAAUUGCUGGCAACUCCUUGGUGCUCAAGCCCCCUACUCAGGGUUCUGUGGCUGCUCUUCACAUGGUGCACUGCUUUCACCUUGCCGGUUUCCCAAAGGGCCUCAUCAGCUGUAUCACAGGCAAAGGUUCAGAGAUCGGUGACUUCAUGACAAUGCACCCUGGAGUAAAUUGCAUCAGUUUCACGGGAGGCGAUACCGGGAUUGCCAUUUCAAAGAAAGCUGGAAUGAUCCCUCUGCAGAUGGAGCUAGGUGGGAAGGAUGCAUGCAUUGUUCUUGAGGAUGCUGAUCUUGACUUGGUUGCUACAAACAUUGUACAAGGAGGCUACUCUUACAGUGGACAAAGAUGCACAGCUGUUAAGGUGGUUCUGAUCAUGGAAUCGGUAGCUGAUGAAUUCGUCGAGAAGGUGAAUGCUAAAAUGGCGAAGUUGAGUGUUGGGACACCGGAGGAAAACUGUGACAUUACUCCGGUCAUAUCGGAAUCAUCUGCAAACUUCAUAGAAGGUCUGGUUAUGGAUGCCAAGGAGAAAGGAGCCACCUUCUGCCAGGAGUACAAGAGGGAGGGCAAUCUCAUCUGGCCAUUGCUCUUGGAUCAUGUCCGGGCCAACAUGAGAAUUGCUUGGGAGGAGCCCUUCGGACCGGUCUUGCCAGUGAUCAGAAUCCGCUCCGUCAAGGAAGCUAUCCACCAUUGCAAUGCCAGCAACUUUGGCCUCCAGGGAUCUGUCUUCACAAAAGAUAUCAAUAAGGCAAUAACGAUCGGCGAUGCAAUCGAAUCAGGAACAAUUCAGAUAAAUUCAGCACCAGCUCGAGGGCCUGACCAUUUCCCCUUCCAGGGUUUGAAAGACAGUGGCAUUGGCUCACAGGGGAUAGUUAACAGUAUCAAUAUGAUGACAAAGAUCAAAAGCCUUGUGAUCAACCUACCAUCUCCAUCUUACACCAUGGGGUAGAUGGUUCCACUGGUCAAAUAACAUAAUAAAUUUUUAUGAUAUGAGUUUAUAGAUUUAAGUUUUGUAUUAAGCUGUAUCAAUAAAAUAAAAUCAUAAAAGAUAUAGGUUGCCUUGUACUCGAUAUUCAUGGCACAUUAUCAUUUGGUGAAGAAUACUUGAGAAAUCAUUAGUACUCGACCUUCAACCAUCUAUUUUAACCGUAUAACUUUCCCACUUAUCUAUCGUGAGAUUAGUGUAAGAAUCCAAUCUUUUAAUUUCUUCAACAAAAGAUGGUUUUUUAAAUAUCGGAAACACAUAAGUAGUUACAGAUACAACAUUAUCAUCAAUCUCGUAUCAAUAUGCAUUAGAAGAUAAUAAUAGACAAGGGCACCGCACAAGAAAGAACAGAUAUAAAGCUAAAGGAUGAAUACAGCUCCAGGCGUGACUGAAUAAAGACUGGUGCUA